CAGGCCAUUCCUGGGGUCCUGUCCCCGCUCAGCAGAGCACAGAAAUCGAUGCCUGACGUUCAGCAGCUCAAAAAUCUCUCUUCCAGGCGCCACAGCAGCACACCCAGGAUGUCCAUGGAGAUAACUUUCCUGGGCACGGGCUCGGCAUACCCCUCUCCCACCAGAGGGGCGUCGGCGCUGGUGCUUCGCCGGGACGGGGAGUGCUGGCUCUUCGACUGCGGGGAGGGGACCCAGACACAGCUCAUGAGGAGCCACCUCAGGGCAGGCAGAAUCACCAAGAUUUUCAUAACCCACCUCCACGGCGACCACUUUUUCGGGCUCCCCGGCCUGCUGUGCACGAUCAGCCUGCAGAGCAGCCCCGACCCAAACAAGCCACCCGUGGAUAUUUACGGGCCCUUAGGGCUGAGGAGCUUCCUGUGGCGGAGCCUGGAGCUGUCCCACUCCCAGCUCCUCUUUCCCUACGCCGUCCACGAGCUGGUGCCCACGCGGGACCAGUGCCCCGCGGAGGAAUUCAGGGACUUCUCGCACUUGGACAGGGGUGAGGUUCCUCCCCAGGGCCCUGGAGGGAGAAUACUGCGCCUGGACCCGGGAGAGGGCUCCUACUUGCUGGAGGAGGACGAGCAGCUGGUGCUGAGGGCGUUCCGCCUCUUUCACCGCGUCCCUUCCUUCGGCUUCGUGCUGGAGGAGAAGCCCCGGCCCGGGAGGCUCAACGUGCAGAAACUGAAAGACCUUGGAGUUCAGCCGGGCCCUCUGUACGGGAAGCUGAAGGGCGGGGCCGCAGUCGUGCUGGAAAACGGAGUGAGGAUCUCUCCCUCCGAGGUGCUGGAAGAGCCCAUUCCCGGCAGGAAGGUGUGCAUCCUGGGGGACUGCUCGGGGGCGCCGGGGGACGAGGCCCCGCGGCUCUGCCGCGACGCCGACUUGCUGGUGCACGAGGCCACGCUGGACGACACCCAGCAGGAGAAGGCCAGGGAGCACGGGCACAGCACCCCCGGGAUGGCGUCGGGUUUUGCCAGGCUGUGCCGGGCCAGGAGGCUGGUUUUGACCCACUUCAGCCAGAGGUACAAGCCGGCUGGCCAGGCAGGGGAGGGGGACGCGGACGUGGCCGAGCUGAGGAGGCAGGCGGAGUCCGUGCUGGGGGGACAGGAGGUGACACUGGCUGAGGACUUCAUGACAAUAGAGAUCCCCAUGAAGAAGGGAAAAACAGCAGCGUUGGCCAGCCCUGAGUGAAGGCACAGAGCCGGGGUGGUGUUGGACAGCGCUUAAAGAUAACUGUUGGGGGCCUGGUGAGCAAAUUCUCUUCCCCUGGAGCGCAGAGAGAUCGGUCCAGAGCGCCGGGUGCACUUAGUGCUGCUGCUGUAAAGCAAAGGAAGAAGGAUGCUCAGGCAUCUGGAGCUGGAAUAUAUUCAUGAGGGGUGGUUUUGGACACCUGGCCUCCCCAGAUGGCUCGAGCCUUCACAGCCCGGGAGCUUUCCUUGGAGAUUCCCUGGAGCGCAGCUCUGGAUCGUCGUUUGGCUUUCACACACCCCUCCAGGAAGGUUUGUGCUCUGCAGAGCAGUUUCAGCCAUCCUGCCUCCUGAGAGCUUUCGAACAACAUCCAUUUCAAACUCGCACACAGUGUUUUGUGACUGUUCACCCAGUUUCUGUGUGAGAGGGCGCUGAGUUUAAUAAAGGGUCGAGAGCUCUGCCAAGUGGGUGUUGCUGUGCUCAAGUGGAGGAGCCCUUCUGAUUCUCGUGAAGUCUCUGCGCGUGAAGUCUCCUCAUAAAUAAACACAGUUUAGGCUCCCUGUCAGAAGCGAGUUACUCUUAACAGUU